AUGACGCUCACGCUCACCUUCCCCCCUUCUUCCACUACUCUCCACCUGUUAUCUUUUCGUGCAUCUCACGACUCCUCUCGCGCCCUGCAUCGCUCAUCCGCGCAGGGCCAGGGGGGCAUUAUGGCCCUCUUCUCCGCCUUCCCUUUUCCUCCCGCCGAGCUCAACAGCCCGCCCAGAUUCCCCUCCUCCGCCUCCGCUCCCUCCUCCUCCUCCUCCUCCUCCUCCAUGCCCCCCGUUUCAAGGCUCACGUACGCUCUUAUCGCGUACGAGUCCGCGUCUCUUCCGCGGCCCAAGGCGUACGCGUUACUAGCGCGCGUCCACGAGGGCUUUGUGUCGCAAGCUGUCGCGGCAGGUGCUGGCACCAGCUCUCCCACCCGCGCUGGCAUCCCACAAAUCACUUCCAACAUGUCCUCUCGCCUUCAAUCCUUCCUCAAAUCUCUCGCCCAGGGCGCCCGCGGCAGCUGCACGAGCCAGGAACUUUCCAUCUACCCCCUCGCACCACACGCGUUCCGGGUGAAGGCCCCUGGGGAGGACGCGGAAGCAGAGGCUGCGAAGAAAGCGCGUGAUAAGGCGGAGGCAGCGCGCAUGGACGAGAUAAAGCAGCUGCUGGAUCAGGAGUUAGAGAUGGUGAACUGUAUUGUGCAGGAGCAGGCGCGGUUGUCUUUUGAGUCGAGCCAAAAGGAGGCAGCGCGCAUGGCGGAGAUAAAGCAGCUGCUGGAUCAGGAGUUAGAGAUGGUUGACAGUAUUGUGCAGCAGCAGGAGGCGCAGGAGCAGGCGCGGAUGAAAGAGCACGAGGCGCAAGGGAGCAUGCAAGGCGUGGGAGGUGUGCAGAGAGGUGUGCAGAGCGGUGCUGCUGGGUGGACUGACUUGGGAGCGUCGUCAGUUCCAGCAGGUUCAAGGCAGUCACCGGGGCGUUCCCUGCAAGGUUACUGGGAGCCAGUGGCAGGCCUCUCACCUCCUCCUGGUGCGCUAUCAAGAGCUGCUGCUGGUGGGCUAUUGCCUGGUGCUGGUGGGGUGGUGCCGUCCCCUGCUGCUGCUGCUGCUGCUGCUGCUGCUGCUGCUGCUGCUGCUGCUGCUGCUGGCGGCUCUUCCAUAGCACAGCCUGCAUACGUGCGGUUUCCUGGCGGUGGGUCACACCCUGCUGGGCUAUCAAUGGAUGAGCUGGGCCGUGGGUCUGACGCCCAUGGCCACAUGCUCAUGCCUGCUGCUGGUACCGCUGGUGCCAUUGGUGCUGCUGCUGCUGCUGCUGGUGCUGCUGGUGCUGCUGGUGCUGCUGGUGCUGCUGCUGCUGCUGGUGCUGCUGGUGCUGCUGCUGCUGCUGGUGCUGCUGCUGAUAAUCAGGGCUGGGAAGGGAGGCCAAUGGUGGUGCCCCGGUCUUUGACUGACCCACCACACAAAGCGAAUACUCACGGCACUGCUGCUGUCCCGGGGGAUGUGUCCCCAUGGCACAUUCCCCCUCCCUAUGGUAGGGAACUCUCCUUUGCACCUGCUCUCCUCGUACCACCGCCAUCAGCAGCAGCAGCAGCAGCAGCAGCAGCAGCAGCAGCAGCAGCAGCAGCAGCAGCAGCAGCAGCAGCAGCAGCAGCAGGAGCAGGAGCAGCAGCAGCAGCAGGAGCAGCAGCAGGAGCAGGAGCAGAAGGCAUACGGCCAGGCAGGGCGCAUGGCAUGGGUAGUAGUAGUGUGGUGUGUGAUCCCAGUCCCACUGGUGGCAGCUUUUUAGGUCUUUUAGCAGCACAUAGCAGCGUUACUAGCUCAGAUGGAAGGAGCAGCGUGGGGAGUCAUGACCCAGGGAUUUCCCCACCGCCUCAAUUAAAUCCCAUAGCGCAGAGUUCCUCCAGCACCACAGCUGCUUCACAUGCCUUUGCCACUGCCCCUGCUCCUGCUACUGCGGCGGCGGCGGCGGCGGCGGCGGCUGCUGCUGCUACUGCCACAUUCAAUCCUUCUGCGCGCCCCAGGAGUGCAUCGCCGUAUGGCAGGGCGAGGAACACUGAUGACUUUGUUCCCACUGGUGCCUUUGCUGCUGUCGCUGCUGCUCAUGCUGCUGCCACUCCUGGUGGUUAUGGUGCUGGCGCUGGUGCUGGUGCUGGUGCUACUGGUGCUGGUGCUACUGGUGCUGGUGCUACUGGUGCCUUUGCUGCAGGCGGCAGGCAUCGAAGCCCAUCUGCCACUGACACUCUUUCUCUGGAGCUCGAAGCAGCACUGCGCCUCGCAGAAGAGAUGGAGAUGGACUCACAGCACCCCCUCUCGCCCAUGCGUGUAAAUGAGCGCCACAUGUCACAGCAGCAGCAGCAGCAGCAGCAGCAGCAGCAGCAGCAGCAGCAGCAGCAGCAGCAGCAGCAGCAGCAGCAGCAGCCAGUGUCACAGCAACCAAGAGCCCCCAUGCGAACCCAGCCCCGCAUUCCCAACCUUUCCGCCCACACCUCCCCCCCCUCCACCUCCCCCACUACCACCUCUUCCCGAGGCCAUUCGGACGUAUCAAGUGGGAGCAGAUCCGGCAAACACCGAAUCGCUUCUUCAGCACCCAGAGCUCGCCCCAGGAGCUCCUAUUUCCCCAGUGAGUCGGGGAAAGGCACGCGGGCCUCUAACGAAUGGAGGGAUCAGUGGGAUGGGAGGGCGUGCGCUGGUGUGGGGAGUGACGGGUCACGUACUGAGGAGGGACGGCUGUUUCAUGGGCUGGGGCACAAGGUACUUGCUCUGUUUCGCAAUGAGAGGAAGGGAGAUGUGGCCACGGCACCUGUGAGACCUGCGGUGGCAGCGGCGGCUGCAGCAGGGACAGGACCAGCAGCAGCAACACCAGUAGCAGCAGCAGCAGCAGCAGCAGCAGCAGCAGCAGCAGCAGCAGCAGCAACAGCAACAGCAACAGCAACGAGGGAGGAGGAGGCAGCACAGGCAGCGGCGUUGGCGCUGGCUAGCGUGCAGAGGAUGGCAGGAGGGCUGAAAAGGCUGGAUGGGAAGAUUCGCGAUGGCAGGGUUGCAGGGAAGGAGUGA